AUGACUACCUCUUCACUCGAUCUAGAUCUCCCAGACUCUUUCGCGAGUAUUCCCCGCCAUGAGCUCACCCUGGGACCAUCGCCCAUCCACUCUCUCCCUCGCAUAUCUGAGGCCCUUGGAAAUCAAGUGGCCAUCUAUGCUAAGAGAGAGGACUGUAACUCCGGAAUCGCUUUUGGAGGCAAUAAGACCCGUAAGCUAGAGUACCUGGUCCCCGAGGCUUUGGCACAAAAAUGUGAUACCUUGGUGUCCAUUGGGGGUUUCCAGUCCAAUCACACGCGACAAGUUGCCGGAGCUGCUGCAAAGUUGGGGUUGAACGCCAAACUAGUCCAGGAGAAAUGGGUGCCUCAUGAGGAUGUUGGAUACGACAAGGUCGGAAAUAUCCAACUAUCAAGACUGAUGAAUGCCGAUGUCCGUCUCGACAGUUCUGGAUUCGGCAUCGAGCACAAAAACACCUUGAAACAGCUCACUCAAGAAGUUAUCGACGCUGGUGGCAAGCCAUAUUACAUCCCAGCCGGUGCGUCGGACCAUCCUCUCGGAGGCCUCGGCUUCGCACGUUGGGCAUUUGAGGUGCGAGCUCAAGAACUGGCCGCGGGCAUUUUCUACGAUACCAUCAUUGUCUGUGCGGUCACAGGCUCCACCUUCGCCGGCAUGAUCGCCGGCUUCAAGCUCCUUGAAAAACUCGACCGGUCGCCUGUCAGAAAAGUGAUCGGAAUUGACGCGUCAGCGAAACCAGACCAGACCUUCGAUCAAGUCUUGCGCAUUGCCAGGCAGACCGCCAGUAAGAUCGGACUGCAGGAAUCCGACAUCCAGGAGAAAGAUGUCAUCCUCGACACCAGAUACCACGCUGGGAUCUAUGGCCUUGCGGAUGAAGCGACCCUGGAAGCGAUCCGCUUCGGUGCCAGAACCGAGGGGUUUAUCACUGAUCCUGUUUACGAGGGCAAGAGCCUUGCGGGCAUGAUUGAUCUGAUUAAACGCGGAGAGAUCAAGCCGGGAAGUACCGUGUUGUAUGCGCAUUUGGGAGGCCAGCUCGCGCUGAAUGCUUAUUCGGAUAUUCAAUAA